AUGGCGGCGACAGUUUACGGCGUCAGGAGCUUUUUCUUGUUGGCGGCGAUUGUGAUAUUGUUCUCCGGUCAUUAUGGAGGCGCCACCGCAGCCACCAGAGGUUACAUUAAGUACAAAGAUCCAAAAGCGGCGGUUGAGGAGCGUGUAGAGGAUUUGCUAUCACGAAUGACAUUACCGGAGAAACUUGGUCAAAUGUGUCAAGUUGAUCGGUUCAACUACUCAUUUUUUCCCACGACUAAGGGCCCAGAAAUCUUCACAAAGUACAUGAUCGGAAGCAUUUUGAGCAAUCCGCAUGAUACUGGGGCUAGUCCAUCAAAGCGUGUCGCCGUAGCAAACACCAUGCAGAAAUUGAGUCUUUCUACGAGGCUUGGAAUCCCUUUGCUUUACGCUAUUGAUGCUGUUCAUGGCCACAACACUUUUAUCAAUGCCACCAUCUUCCCCCACAACGUUGGUCUUGGUGCCACUAGGGAUCCUGAUCUUGUUAAAAAGAUUGGAGCUAUAACUGCGCUUGAAGUAAGAGCUACAGGAAUCGCUCAAGCUUUUGCGCCUUGUGUUGCGGUUUGCAGAGAUCCUAGAUGGGGAAGGUGUUAUGAGAGCUAUAGUGAAGAUCCUAAAGUUGUGAAUAUGAUGACCGAAAGUAUCAUGGAUGGAUUACAGGGAAAUGCUUCUUACGUCGCUGAUUUCAAGACUAAAGUGGCUGGUUGCGCCAAACAUUUUGUUGGGGAUGGAGGAACGGUAGGUACUGGAAUCAAUGAGAAUAACACUGUGGCUGAUAAAGCUACUCUUUUUGGUAUCCAUAUGCCUCCUUUUGAGAUAGCCGUAAAGAAAGGGAUCGCAUCAAUCAUGGCUUCUUAUUCUAGUCUCAACGGUGUUAAGAUGCAUGCAAACCGCGCAAUGAUCACUGAUUACCUCAAGAACACACUCAAAUUCCAAGGCUUUGUUAUCUCUGACUGGCUUGGAAUCGAUAGGAUCACAACUCCACCCAAAGCAAACUACACUCACUCUAUCGAAGCCUCUAUUAAUGCCGGCAUUGACAUGGUUAUGGUUCCAUUUGAAUAUGAAGAGUUCUUGGAGGGAUUGACAAAACUAGUGAACGGUGGAUACAUUCCUAUGAGCCGUAUAGAUGAUGCUGUUCGAAGAGUCUUGAGAGUCAAAUUCUCUAUCGGUCUCUUUGAGAAUCCAUUGGCAGAGGAAACUCUUGCCGCGGAUUUUGGAUCUGAGGCGCAUAGAGAAGUAGCCAGAGAGGCGGUGAGGAAAUCAAUGGUACUUCUAAAGAACGGGAAAACAAACGUAGAUAAAGUUGUUCCUCUACAGAAGAAUGUGAAAAAGAUCGUUGUUGUGGGCGCACACGCUAACAACAUGGGUUGGCAAUGUGGUGGCUUUACUCUCACUUGGCAAGGAUUCAAUGGAACUGGAGAAGACAUUGGCCGUAACAAAGCCAUGCAUCUCCCUACCGGUAAAACCAGAGGAACUACAAUCUUGGACGCCAUCAUGAAAACAGUGGAUCACACCACUGAAGUCGUCUACGUGGAGGAACCAAACAAGGACACGUCGAAGCUUCACGCCGACGCAGCAUACACAAUUGUGGUCGUAGGUGAAGCUCCUUACGCAGAGACACGAGGGGACAGCACCACGCUAAGCAUAGCCGCACCAGGUCCAGACACAAUCAGACACACGUGUGGUAGUGGCAUGAAGUGUCUAGUGGUCCUAGUCACAGGACGUCCUCUCGUCAUUGAGCCGUACCUUGACACCAUCGACGCUCUAGCGGUCGCUUGGCUUCCAGGAACGGAAGGACAAGGAAUCACUGAUGUCUUGUUUGGUGACCAUCCCUUCACCGGCACGUUGCCUCGCACGUGGAUGAAGAGUGUGACUCAGCUUCCCAUGAACGUUGGCGACAAGAACUACGACCCUCUCUUCCCCUUCGGAUACGGAAUCAAAACUUAA